UAAAGCUUGAGGGAGGGUUUGAUGGCAAAGGGGGUGGCGAAGACGAAGGGGCCGGCGGAGGUGGACGAGGUGUGGGAUCGGUUUGGAAGAUUGCCGCUGGCGGCGGAUGAGAAGGGUAAGAUAUACGCCAAAAUCCAUGACAUGCCACUCAGCCGGCUGCGGUCCCUCAUUCCCUCCUUUCUGGAUGAUGCCGUGGUGGCUGCUUCACUGAGAGAGGAGUUUCUGAAAAAAAGGAAAGCUGUUCCGAUGAUGAAAUUCAACCCGGAUGGUGAAAGUACAAUGCGACGGCGAAUUGAAAGGCUGAAAAGGACGGAACAUGUUUCGGUAGGCUUUCGAAAGAGCAAGUUUGUUGAUUGGCUCCAUGGGUCAGACAAUGACCCAAAGAACUGUGACCUCCCAAAAGAGGAGUGGGAAUCAGCGGUAGCACUCAAGGAGGCUCUCCACAGGGUUGGCUAUUACCGUGGAGCGCCUUUGAAGGGCCCCAAGUAUGACAUAAGUAUAUUUGACCGCGACCGUCGUUGCUACGUGGAUGCGGAAGGUAAACCUCUGGAGGGCGUGGAUAGGAGGUGAACCUCUGGAGAGUAAGGGAAAGGGUUGAGGAUUAGUGUAUGGAUAAAGAAGUCAGUUCCCAUGAAAAAUAUGCCUAGCCUGUUGCAGUUAGAGAUCAUGGAGAGUAAUCACCGGCAAAUGGAAGCCUAGCUAGCGAAGGCAGUAGCUUAACAAAAAUGUGCUAUGAACCCUGCACUCAUCGAACCUUGUGUUAACACAAUCUUGACAACUGCUUAAGCCA